GUGAACGUUUUGUUUGUUUGACUGGAAACAAAUAAAUCAAAGAUCAGUUACAAUUCGUGUAAGUAUACUAAAUAUUUACCCAUAUUUUCGCAUAAGUACCUAAGUACUAAUAAAUUGUAGGUACAGAUAGGCCAAGACGGGUAAUUUUAGUUAACAAGUAGUUCAAAACCGCAAUAUUAUAAUAAUUACAGGAAUGUAUUAUUUUAUUGUACGUCCAUUUAUUGAUAGGUCAUUUAGUCGAUAUAGUCAUUUAACUUUUAGUUGAGUAAGUUGCUAACUAUUUUUUUUUUAUGUUUUAUCUGUGUAAAGCGAGGAGGAGGCCAAAAUAAGGGAAUCUUGUACACGACUAUAUAAUAUACACGUUGUACCUCGAGUCAGGGACGUCAUUUGCGGGAAUGCGGGACGCAAAUGCAUACCGUGAAUUUUUUUUAAACACCUUUAAUGUUUAGACGUACCUAGUUAAUUAGAUAUAUAAUUUUUAUUCUAAAACGUUCAUUUUGUAAUUUUACAAAAAUAUUUUGUUAUCGCCUAUAAUUUUAACAGUAUCAGAAGACAUAAACACCGUUAUAAAUAAUAAUUCAAUACGUAUCGGUGUUUUAAUAGGUACCGAGUACCGACUACUGAAUAAAGAUGAAUCCCCACCCAGGGAAAAAAUCUCCGAUGGUUAAACUUUCAGUAUUUUUAACAGUCUACCCAAAAUAAAUGCGAUCGGAAUAAUAUGCAAUUCCCGCUGAUCAUUUAGUUCUUUGUUCGAGGUUCGGUAUAUAUAGACACCAUAUGCCAUGAUAAAUUAAAUUAAAUUAAUUUCUCAGUCAAGGCCGUUUUAAUUUCUAGAAAAUAGGCUUGAAAACAAUCGAUGUUCGAUAUUAAUCGGAUAUGAAUGUAUGAUACUAUCAUAAUACAUUAACAUUUUAACUAUAAUAUUUCUACCAAAUGGCUGUUUUGAAAACUUUCUAAAGUGAACAAAUUAUGUGAUUUUUUUCUUUCGUGUUUACGAGAUGAAAAUAAACAUGCAAUUUUUAACAUACUACGCGAGUGGGUUUCAAGUUGAGAUUUUAAUUCUUAGCAGGUAUAAUUAGGUUUUGUAUCCCACGAAAGAAUGUAUAAUGACGCGCCCGCCUUGAGUUGCAUGUAAUACGUACGAACAUUACGAUGAUAUAUUUCUCCCUUUUAAAUCCUACCAAGUACCUAUCUAGGUAUUAGGUAUAGUUUACUAUAAAUCAUUACCCAUAGGUACUCAAAUUUAUUAAUUUAUAGAAUUAAUAUAGAUAGGUACCAACCUAAAAAAAAAUUAGACGGUAUCUAGUUAUUAUUAAAAUAGAUACGUGUACCUGUGUCAAUUACAAAUGUCUGGAAAUAUAUUUUCAACGAUAUUUCGUGACGACAAUUCGAAAUGUGGGAUGUGGCCUUAUUAAAUUUAUCUGCGGCUUCGUCACUAAAAUUAAUUAAGUGGCUGCCGGGAAAAUGGUCAAUAUUCCCAAAAUAUUCAGUGUUACCAUUUUUAAAUUCUGCUCAUUUGCGGUAAAUUGCUUAAUCCACUGCUGCUUUUGCUCUCGUGUCUUGUAUGCAAUUGGUAUAAACAAAAAAGCAUUACGUGAUAAAUUUCAUGAUUGUGACUUUUGUUCACUGGUUGAGUGUUGUGCAAAGAGAUAUUUAUUUACAUUUUUUUUUUAAAGAAGAGCGUUUUCUAUGGAUCCUUUGAAUGAUUUUUUAUAUUCUGAGUGGAGCGAAGAAGCUUAUAGUUAUACAAAGAUGUUUUUUUUUUUUGGGGGGGGGCAACUUUUCUACCAGAAGACUUGCUCGGAUUUCUAUGUAUAGUACUUUUUCUGAAACAAAAUCGAUGUAGGAAGGUACUUUAAAGAGGUCGUUUUUCCAUUUUCCCCGGAGUAUUAUCAUCAAAUGCGAAACCCCCCCCCCAAAAAAAAACCGGAAACUUUACGAAAGAUAUUAAAUAUAAUCUUACGAUUUUUUUUCUGGUGGACAAAUUUUCUACCAGAAAUUUUGCUCCGAGUUUUAAUGAUAGCAAAGUUUCCAAAAGAAAAUUUUUCCGGGGAGUUAAUUUAGAGAGGUCAUUUUUUUGAUUUUCCCAGAAAAUGUGAAAAACCUUGAUAAAAUAUGGAAAAACCGAGAAAAUCGUAGGAAAACUGAGAAUAUUGGUACAACAUUAAACAAAUCUUAUUAAAGAAAAUAUACAACGCCUAUAUGACAGAGUAUCACUAUCAACUGAACUCCGCUCAAAAUCGCGUUUUGUAAGCAAUGGUUUAUCGUCCCACAUUUCUUUUUUAAAUAUUAAUUUACUAUUUUAUUGAGAUAAGUGUGUAUUAAUUUUAAUCAUUUGUGAUUUAUUCAGGAAGGGGCAUAAGCUUCGCCCACUAUUGAUGUUUUUUCAACCUGUAUUUGUGACUUGUGUAGUAGUUAUAAUUGGUAUAUUGAAUUCUCAGUGUAGCGAGGAAUGUAUUGGUUUUACUAUGAUGUGUGUAUUUGUUCUGUCUGUAAACCACUGUUCUAAAAGAAACAUUGCUCUAAUCUUCAAGUGUGCUAUUUUUUCAAAAAUAAUAUUUUGUCAAAAAGGUGAGGUCGUUGUUUUAUUUUCCUUGUAGUUUUGUUAAUAAUUAUUAAACUCUGGAAAAUGUACACAAUGAUGGUUUCUCUGAGAUUGAAAUGUACAUACAAUAUAAUAUAUAGUUAGGCACAAUAAAUACGUAAUAAAUACGUAUUAUAUAUUUCAAUCACGGGUUUUCCAUCAUUUUCGAUUUUGUUCUAAAUUAGUUAAAAGUAAUCGUUAAAAGGCCUGGAAUUUUCACAGAAUACUUAUAAUACGCACUUUGAUGAGGUGGUAAAAUUUGUAGAAUACUUUUUAAGCUGUUUAUAAGCAUUUAAAAUUGUCUAGUAAUUAGGUUAUUUUAACUAAUCGUUUGUAUCUUAAUAGAAUAAAUAAUUUUCCUUGUUAAAUAAUGAUAUAUUAUUAUGUUUUUGCUCUUAGAAAAUGGAAAGUGAUUUAAAUACAGCAACAGCAUUGGCUGUAUCUUUAAUACACACUAAACCCGAUGGAAUGGAUACUACAGCUUUUGUUACAGCUAUUCAAUCAAAAAUCUGGGAAAAAGAAAAUGAAAAUUUUUUCCGAGUAAGUUGAAUGAAAAGUAAAAUUUGUUUUUCUUAUCCACAAAAGAUAACUUGGUUUUGGAAUAAAAAUUUCCUGGAAGACACCCAGAUUAGUUCUAAAUAAUGAAAAAAAAAAUUAUUAAAUUUUUUCAAAUUUUUAAAAACAUACCAUAAGAGUAAUAAUAAUUAGUAUGGAUAGUGAUGUAAAUUUUCAUGAACAUUUUCAAAUAGUUGGCAAUGUUAUCAUAACAAUUGCUUGUCAACUAAAUCCUUUGACAUAUAGUAAAAGUAUGUUACUCAUAAUUAUACUUAAAACUGUGUACAAUUUCCUCAUAUUGAUAUUAUUUUAUGCUGCUAGAACAUAGAAAACACAAAUAAAUUUAUCUUAGUAAUUAAUGUGCAUUUUUAUCUUAGAUUAAACCUUCUAUUUACAGUAUGAAUAGUAUCUAACAUUUGUUGAUUUUACUAUAGUUAUUUUUUAUUUUUGUUAUUUACAACUUUACCCUAAUUACUUUUAAGAAUACCGAGUUAUUAAAAAUUGCGUACAAUGUACUAUAUUCAAGAGUCAUCAAUUAUACUAUAUGUAUGUUUGAUAAAAUAAAUACAAAUAUUAUACCUAGUGUACUUACUAUUGAGUUUUUAAUUAUUUUAGCACAUAUGUACAGUUAUGGUUCAGUGAUAUCAAUUGUUACAAUCUCAACAAUUAAUUACCUAUGUUAAGAAAAAUACAUAAUAAAUACAAUUUUUAAAAUUUUCAAAAAAUGUCAACAAAUAACAUUUCUGAGUUGGAAUAUAGGGACUUUUCAAAAAAAAAAAAAAAAAAAAAAUGAUUUGUAAUUCAUUUUUAAUCAUUAUUAUUUUAUAAUUGCUUUAUAGAAAAUGUUAUUUAAGAGAACAGAUAGUUGAUUUUAUUUAAUAAAAAGGUUUUGCAAAAUAGGGAGACAAAGUGAGAAAAAAAAAAAAAAUUUUAUUUGAAACCGAUCAUAGGAUAGUUAGAUAAUUUUAUUUAAAUUAAUUAAUGUGCACAAAUUAUGUAAAAAAGUCUUAUUACUAUAAUUUACAGUAUUUACAGUAUCGUUGUAAUUUGUAUGCAUUUUUAUUAGACUCCUGAGGUAAUGAAAAACAGCUAUUUUUAUUGUCAAAAUUAUAUUUAUAUCUGUGGUAGUUAAUUUAAUGUGAAAUAAUUAUGACUGAAACAUUGGCUAAUAAAAUUACCAAAAUAGGUAGAUGUUUUUUAAUAUAUAAAAUAAUUAUUUUGUUUAUCAAUUUAGGAAUUUUUAUGCGGUUCUGAUUCGGAAGAAUUUACUGAAGAAAAACCGACUCAUAUUAUAGAAAACGAGUCUUGUGGCAAUUACCAGAGUUUUGACAAAUGUAUGUAUAAUAUAUUAAUUAUAUUAAUAUGCAUUUUUAUUUAUGAGUGUUUUAGUUUUAAAUUUAUGAUAAAAAUUGGUGAAAACAAUAAUUCAAUUUCAGUUUAAUAAUAAAUGUUUAAUUGAGAUGAACUCAGAACCGCAUUUAUUUUGAAAUGAUUUAUUAUUGCAUUAAACAUUUAAAUUGUUUAACUAAACUGAUAUAUUCUACUUAUACAACUGCAGUAACUUAAGUAGCAUCAUUUUUUUACUAUUUUAUGAUUCAAAUUUUCGAAUUAAUUAUUCAUCACAAAGAAUUUAUUAAAAUUCAAUUAAAUUGAAGUUUAAAAAAACUUAAUAAACUAUAGAACCAUUAAUAAAUAUUUUUGUGUUUAAAAUUCAUUUUCUAAAUAUUUGUUUGGUAAAAAUAUUUCAUUCCAAGCUGUUAAUGUAUUUAACUCUUCCAUUAAUAUAAUUAUUAUUUUAUGUUUUAUAGGUAUUAAAAAUUUAAUUCAAAUAUUUUGUUUUAGAUCAUACAAUUAUGCCACCAGAAGAAAACAGUAGACUUGAUGAUCAUAAUAUGUCUUCUUCAGCUAGUUAUUGUAUACCUAACCAAAUUCAAACACCUAGUACCAAUUUGAUUCAAUCUAUCAUUACUAUGAAAACUUUAAACUCAAUGAGUAAAAGUCCAAUUGAUUCCGGUUAUGAUACGUACAAAUGGGAAUUCAAUUCUCAAGACAUUAAUCAAAAUCCUGUUGAAACUAUGUCACAGUCAAUUAAUAAAGCUUUAGACUUUCUUAAUGACACAUUAUUUGAUAGUUCAAAAUUAUUAUAUUCAUUUGAGAACUGGGAUAAUCACAAUAAUCUUGCUAAGCAUUUUGUGGAUUUAAUUACUAAUAUGUCAGAAAAAAGUGAAUUCGCACUUACAUGCCGUGAUAAUGUUACCAUGUUUGUCCAAAAUACCGCGUUUAAAAUUUUGGACAACCAUCAUUUAUACAAGGUAAAUUAUGGUUAUAUUUUGAUAUUAUAUGUUUUAUAUCAAUAAUUAAUUUAUAUAGUAUAAUUUGUUUUUUUAUUUUUAUUUAGUCCAUGCAUGUUGAGUAUCAAUGUAAUUUACUUGCCAAAAUUUGUUAUGAUAAAUACAUUCGGUGGAAUAUCAUACAUUUACUUCUUAAUCGUCUUAAGAUUGAUAUUCAAAUUAUACCCAAUUCAAGUACUCUUCGAAGCAUGUUUUACAGUUUUCAUUUGAUUGAUAAGUUAUUAUUUAAUAUGGAUUUUCAUGCUACUAACGAACCAAAAAAAGAUAAAACUAAUUUAACAGAUUUGUGGAAGAUAAAUCGUACAGUUAAGCAUGGGAAUGUAAUUGAAGUUAUGGAAAAAGUUUUAAGUGAAUGGACACAUCUAUUGGAACAUAUUUCUAUGGAAGCUUUGAGAAAAAAUGUUUUUUUAAUUAGCAUCAGAGCAAACCAACAGUUAGAGUUAAUAAAAUUGAUAACUUUAAAGAAAUAUUAAUUUAAAAUGAAAAAACAAUAUUAUUCCUUUUUUACGUGGAUAAUUUAAAACUUAAAUGUGAUUUUAACAAACUUUUAUUGAGGUAAUCUUAAUUUUUCUCUAUGAUAUUGGAAAAUGUAUACCUAUUUAGUUUUGUAAAAAAGUAAACUACCAUUAAGGUUGAUCAAAUAUACAUA